AUGCAGAAGAAAAACAAAAAAAUUAAAAAAAAAGGUAUCAAAAGUAGAUCAGUCCUAUGCGACAUUCCUGGAUUUGACAUUAUUAAAAGUUUGGAUGUAGACUGGAUGCACUGUGUGGGGUUGGGAGUUUGUCGGCAGUUUGCAGGGCUUUGGUUUGACAGUAAAAAUAGCAAUGAAGAAUUUUAUUUUGGAGACCGAAUUGAUGUUGUGGAUAAUUUAAUAACCUCAUUUUUUCCUACUUCAACAUUUUCAAGAACGCCAAGAAAACUAUCCGACAGAGUUCAUUUUAAAGCUCACGAAUGGAUUAUUGAUUAUUUGUCAAAAUCAUCUAAACCACAAACAAAAAAAGUACUUGGAUGA